GACCAUCACUCGGGGCAUGUCCUAUUCGCAUUACCCACAAGCUGGUCAACAUCCUGCAUCCACAACUUAUCCUUAUGCUGCAUAUCAUCCAGGAACACCGGGCGCAUAUGGCCAUCCACAGACGCCAGGGGCAUAUCCUGGUUAUCAGACGAGCCCAUAUGCUACAGGAGUAACGGGUUAUGGUGCUUGGCCCUAUCCUUACAGCUACAUCCCUCAGCAUCCUCAAGCGGCUCUCCAUACACCUAGACCUACUAUUCAAACUGCAGUCCCAACUGCAACAACCACGACAGCAACGACCAAUGCCGUCACCGCUGCGUCGACCCCCGCCGUAGCCACCCCGAGGACUACUACAUUCACUUCUUACACCCCCUCCUAUAUGCGAGAAAGUGUCAUGGCUGCUGGCAAUGCGGGUGCAACUAGCCGUGGACGUAAGCAAGCCAAUUUUAGGGGGCUGUUCUCAAAAGAACUUAAAAGCUUGAUGUACGGUUUUGGGGACGACAGAAAUCCUGCCAGUGACACGGUUAAUGUGAUGGAAGAGAUUCUGGUCGAGUUUAUAACUGAUGUUUGCCAAACUGCCGGUGGACCACAAAGGAAAACGCGUUUAUCUAUUGAGGAUCUUCGCCGGGCAUUAUCAAGACCCGCUGAUGCUAAAAAAUUGGCCCGAAUGGAAGAGUUGUUGUUUAUGCAGGAAGAUAUCAAGCGCGCUCGCGCGCAAUUCGAAGAAUCAGAUAUCAAUCAAUCAAAAGAGCUGCUGUAGCAUUAAUCCCUCUCAUUUAAUAUUCUGCAUUUGUACCCUCGCAUCGCAUACAUCUUUCCAGUGUACUUUUCAUCUGCGCUUCAGAUUGUGCCAUGAAUCGCGUGUUAGUUGACGUAGAAAUGUGAGUAAAAAUCCAACAACUAA